AUGUUCGACCACUACACAAUAGGAAUGCAGACGUUCAUUCCAGAAAUAUGCCAAUCGAACACCCGGGCUGCGGCGACUGGAACAUCGCCAUCCAUUGUCGCUGGUUUGUCCAUGGCCCCUUUGGAGGUUGAUGAGGAUUGCAACAUGGAUACCGCGUUAGACGAUAUGAAGGAAUACCAAGCAGUCGCCGACUGGAAGAGAGCACGACGCCAGCGUCACAGCCGAUUUGUCAACAAUCCGGACAAUGCCCCCGCCAUAGAGGCCCGCAUGAAAGAAAUGAUCUCACAAGAGUCGCAGUGCAACGUCCAUCCGGCCCUCUCCCUUCUGUCUUUGCCGUCGACUCUACCUACACAUCCGCACGUACCCAAGAUCGAGGCAGACGGCUUUCCCGAGACCGACUCAUCCGCGAGUUGCCUAGAAGUAGACGAGGACUUCUGCGACGAGAGUGAAGAAUUUCUUCUCAUGCAAAGAGCCUUGGUUGCCGACAAAAGAAGGUUGAUGGGCAGCACGCCCGAUUCUAUACGGAAGUUCGGACCUUUGAGAUAUAGGGGUUCGGCCGAAACGGCUCUUCGGUGUCACAAUGUUGUCAGACAGCGACCCAGGAUGCGGCGACGGAAAGGGCCAGGACCAACUCCGGAGCCUCGACCGGCACACAAGGCCUAA